AUGGACCAUAUCAAGAACUUUACCGCAAGUGUGCAGCCGUUUGGCCAGAAGAUUUCGGAACGUUUCGGCACGCUGAACCAGCAAGCGCGCGAGCGUCUCGGUCAUGCCGACGAUCUCACUGAGCUUCCAGAAGAGUACAAGCAGCUGGAGCAGCGAGUGGAUGCUAUGAAGCACGUGCACCAGACGAUGAUGCGCACCAUCAAGACGUACGAGAACGAGGCGUAUGACUACCCUCACCAUCUGCAAGAGUCUGUGACGCACGGUGCUCAGUCGCUGAGCCACACGCUCUCGUCGUGGGCGGCGCAGGCGACGAAGCACACGAGUCUGCCGCAGGUCCACGCCACGAGCGCGCCGCCGUCGUACUCGCGCACGCUGAGCCAUGCCAUUUCGCGCAGUGCUACCGAGUCGGCGAUUGAGCUGGGCAAGGGCCCGCAGCAGGUGCCGGCGAGCAUGGGCGGUGAGAUGGUCGCUACGCCCGAGAGCAAGCUGGCAGAGCUGCUGCAGCGCUUUGCCGUGGCCGAGGAUGUAGUGGGCAGCGCACGUUUGAAGCAGGACAGGACGAUUGUCGACCACUUUAUCUUGGUGUGGAACUCGUUUGGGAACCAGAUCAACUUGGCCGUCAAAGCGCGUCAGCAAGUGCGGGAUGCGCGCCUGCACCUGGACGGUUGGCGUGGCCACCUCAAGUCGGCGGAGCAGAGCAACACGGCUACGGCGAAGCUGGACCAGUACCGCAACGAGGUGGAGCAGGCGGAAGACAAGCUGGUGAGUGCGACGGAAGAAGCGAUCAGUCUCAUGAAGACGGUGCUUGACAACCCGGAGCCGAUCAAGGCGCUGGUCUCGCUGGUGCAGGCGCAGCUAGAGUACCACCGCGAGGCGGCCAACACGCUGGAGACGGUGGAGAUGCAGAUGAAGGAGAUCGCCAGCAAGGUGGAAGACGAUUUCCGGUCGUCGCGGGAGUAG